CUCCGCGCCUCCGCAAGACGGCGUCCAGUGGGCUGAGGCCGCCUCCUCGGCCGCCCUCCGCGUCCCCCUUCCGUGCACGAGGGGAGAAUAGUCUAAUCGGCCCAGUGCGCGCCACGCCUGCCGCCACCUAGCUCCACUCUCGCCACCGGAUCUAUCAGGAUCCCCCUCGGGUUCGCUCCGUCCAGCUAAUCUGGUCAGCCUUUUCUGGUUGUGGCCGCGGUCUGAGCCGAGUGGAUUCACGAGGGGAGCGAGGGGGAGGCAUGGAGCACAACAGGGAGGAGUUCUUGGAGCAGUUCGGAGGCGACUACGGCUACCCGGAUGCGCCCAGGGGCGUCGACCAGAUGUAGGCCGCCGAUUUCAAGCGCCUCCAAGGUGCGGAUCCGUUCAUGGUUUUGUCAAUUUUUAUUCUUGUCCCCUGUAGAAAGUAUGAUUCUUGAGCUGAGAGUGAUGGCGCCGCUGUUCCCCGGGUGCGACUACGAGCACUGGCUCAUCGUCAUGAACAAGCCCGGCGGCGAGGGCGCCUCCAAGCACCAGAUGAUCGACUGCUACAUACAGACCCUCGCCAAGGUCCUCGCAAGCGAGGAGGAGGCCAAGAAGAAGAUUUACAACGUCUCGUGUGAGCGCUACUUUGGGUUCGGGUGUGAGAUUGAUGAAGAGACAUCCAACAAGCUUGAAGGUAUUCCUGGUGUUCUUUUUGUGCUCCCUGAUUCCUUUGUUGAACCUGAACACAAGGACUAUGGAGGCGUCGACUUCAAGGUCAAGAUGGUUAACAUUGCCGGCAAGAAGCUCAAGCUCGCCGGCUGGGACACUGCCUGCCAGCCGGCCGACACCGAGUCGUUCGAGUACAUGCUGUUGGAGAAGGACCCCGAUCACUACCGGACGGUCUUCUCCGGCCCAAGCCAGAUAAGCCCGUGGAUCGGCGGUGCUGAAUCUGAAGCACCGGAUCAGGAGAGGCCCCUUCGAGGACGUCUGGAUAGAGACGCAUCACCAGAGGACGCAGGAUUAUGACCGGUACCACGAGGUCGCCGUGAAGAUGCUGCACCCGGUCAGGGAUGACCAGCUACAGUUUUUCUCGGCGAGGUUCGACGAGGUCUUUGGCAAAGGCCAUGGCCUGGGCAAUGUCUGCUUCCUACACGGCAUCUCAACGCAGAAUGGGAGGGUAUGUUCUUUGUCUGGAAGAGAGCCUUACUGUUGGAUCGUGUGGGAACUGAAAGAUGGUGUCGUGGCUCGCUUUUUGUUUCAUGGUACUCCAAUGAUGUUAACUAUCAAUAUGUGAACUCAUUUAUUGGUCUACAAAAGUGUUCAGUUUCAAGCUC